AUGGAACCAAAUCCGCUACCAACCACUGACAAUGCAGAUCCACUGACGGCAACCAACAUGGAACCAAAUCCGCUACUAACCACAGACAACCCAGAUCCAUUGACGGCAACGAGCAUGGAUGCUAAUCAGCUACCAACCACUGACAAUGCAGAUCCACUGACGGCAACCAACAUGGAACCAAAUCCGCUACUAACCACAGACAACCCAGAUCCAUUGAUGGCAACGAGCAUGGAUGCUAAUCAGCUUCCAACCACUGACAACGCAGAUCCAUUGAUGACAACGAGCAUGGAUGCUAAUCAGCUUCCACCCACUGACAACGCAGAUCCAUUGAUGGCAACGAGCAUGGAUGCUAAUCAGCUUCCAACCACUGACAACACAGAUCCAUUGACGGCAACCAGCAUGGAUGUUAAUCAGCUACCAACCAUUCACAACCCAGAUCCUUUGUCAGCAACCAGCAUGGAACCGAAUCCGCUACCAACCAGUGACAACGCAGAUCCAUUGACGGCAACCAACAUGGAUAGUAAUCAGCUACCAACCACUGACAACGCAGAUCCAUUGCCGGCAACCAACAUGGAACCGAAUCAGCUACCAACAACUGACAACCCAGAUCAAUUGACGGCAACGAGCAUGCAACCAACCACUGACAACCUAGGUCCAUUGGCAGCAACCGACAUGGAAACUGAUCAGUACCAACCACUGACAAUCUAG